CCGCCCGCCUCCCUCCCGGCGCUCGCUCGCUCCCUCGCCGAGCCGACUCCAGGGGGGCUCUCGAUGUAGCACCAUGACAGGCAUCGCCGCCGCCUCCUUCUUCUCCAAUACCUGCCGCUUCGGGGGCUGCGGACUCCACUUCCCCACGCUGGCCGACCUCAUCGAGCACAUCGAGGACAACCACAUCGAUACAGAUCCACGUGUUUUAGAAAAGCAAGAAUUACAGCAGCCAACCUAUGUUGCCCUCAGCUACAUUAAUAGAUUCAUGACGGAUGCUGCCCGCCGAGAACAGGAGUCCCUGAAGAAGAAGAUUCAGCCGAAACUUUCACUGACCUUGUCCAGCUCCGUGUCUCGAGGGAAUGUGUCCACUCCACCACGCCAUAGCAGUGGAAGCCUUACUCCCCCUGUGACCCCACCCAUCACCCCUUCCUCUUCAUUCCGCAGUAGUACUCCAACAGGCAGCGAAUACGACGAGGAGGAGGUGGACUAUGAGGAGUCGGACAGUGAUGAGUCCUGGACCACUGAGAGCGCCAUCAGCUCCGAAGCCAUCCUCAGCUCCAUGUGCAUGAAUGGAGGGGAAGAAAAGCCUUUUGCCUGCCCGGUUCCCGGAUGUAAAAAGAGAUACAAGAAUGUGAAUGGCAUAAAGUACCAUGCCAAGAAUGGUCACCGAACACAGAUUCGUGUGCGCAAACCAUUCAAAUGUCGGUGUGGAAAGAGUUACAAGACAGCUCAGGGCCUGCGGCACCACACAAUCAAUUUCCAUCCCCCGGUGUCGGCUGAGAUUAUCAGGAAGAUGCAGCAAUAACAUGCUGGUCAGAACUGUGCCAAGAAAUUCUCACCAGCAGUUGCUGAUUUUGAAAACAGCCACCUUUUUUUCAGGGGAAGCAUUCAGCAACCCUUUAAUGAAAACAAAUUAAAUGCAUGCUUUAAAUUUUCUGUAAUUUUGGAAUGAUGUAUCUUUGUAGAAUUAAUGAUUUUGUACAUUUGCACAUGUAAUCAUCAUACCCAUUUUCAUUACUUUGAUAUAAGGUGCUAAACAAAACAAACAAACAAAAAAAGCUCUAGGUUCUUCAGCACAUUUCCCCCAAACAAAAUAAACUUGAGGGCAUGUUGCAUAUUGUUUAGUUGUAUUGCAGUGAUAUCGACUGGGGGAGGAGGGGCUGGCACUGAGAUUUUUUUUCAAGAUUGUAAUGUGAAACUCACAUAUGUUCAAAACCAAAAUAAUACCUUCAUUAUCAAACUGAUUACCAUGCCUUACAUGAUGGAGUUAAUAUUUGUGAGUAGAAAGACUUUAGGUAAUGACAGCUUGGGCUAGAGCGAGACCCUACUUCAAAAAACCAAAAAAAAAAAAAAAAAAAAAACUUUAGGUAAUGGAAUUAUAAAUAAGAAUGUUUAACAUAAUAUGCUAAAAAUAUUUUCAUAUUUAAAUAACAUGCAUAAAAGGUGUGCUUUUGUGUUUUAUAUUAUCUUGCAAAUCCUUUGCCCUUUAAAAAGCUGAAAAUCUUGCCAUCUGAGUUAGCAAUCAUUUUGGUGUUAUCAAUGGAAUUUUUGUAUAAAACAUUUAGUUCGCUCUUUAACCUCAUUGAGUGCCUGCUGAGUGCAAGGGAUUUAGUUUAUACCUAAUGUUACUCGUGGACCAAGAUACUAGUUUAGUGAAAUACUUUUCCCUGAAAUCUGUUAGGAAACACUGUAACUGCAGAUUUGUGUGGUAAAACUUCGUUACAGCUUCUUCAAAUGAAGUUUCAAAGCACUUUGUAGUUCUCUAUUGCCAACAAUGUGUCGCCAAUUCUCACAAAUACUGCCCCAAUAGACCUGUGGGUUGCAAAUCUGAAUAUAAAUUCCAUGUUUCAAAGAACUUUUUGUUAGACCACUAUUGCCCCUUCAUGCUCAUUGUUUUGAGACUUCUUUUAAAAGCACUUUCUGUGUCAUACUGUAGAUGUCUGCAUUAUCAUUGGAAAUGUCUGUUUAGCUUUAGAAAACAUUUUGCCAGAAUAUGAAAAUGAGCCUUACUGACAAUUAAGUGCUUCUUGCAGCAUGUAGUCAAAGAAAAGAGUGACUGAUAUCACCCAUGAAGAGUGACUUACACAGAUCAUUCCUUAAGUUUUAUUCACCAACAGUACCAUCAUGCCUUGAGUGUUCUUUUCUCCCAAGUGCUAUUCUUUAAACACAAGAGUUUACCAGUUGCCUAAUAUGCAAUAAAACUGCUUUGUUACAGCCAACUGUCCACAAUACAAACUGGUGAAAAGCAAACUCCAAUUGUCUGUAAAAUCACUUUUUCCCUAGGUUCUUGUUUAAAGAAGUCUUAUACAUGGCGGGGAAGCAGGGGUCCCUCCUCAAUGUUUUAGACAUUUCAAAAACAUGUUUAUUCUUUAAACAGAUGGGUAAGCUUCUACCUUCAUAAAUUGUGAAUCCUGACACUGCCCACCAAUAAUUUCCUCCUAUCUCUGAAGAGUGGUCUUGGUCCCAAAUACAGUGUUAUUAACCCAUGUGUUUAAAAGGGUGAUCCAGACUUAAGAAAUAAACUAGUUGGUGCAUAAGAAGGGCCUACCUGGCUAUUCCAUAUCUACCUACCAGUUUUAUGCUAACAAUUACUAGCUUUGCUCCUUCUAGUGCAAAAAAAAAAAAAAAAAACCACAAAAAACCUGCAGGCUGGAUCAGUAAUUCAACAGCUAAACACUCAUAAAAAUAGUCAUUGUGCAUGUUAAAUUCCUUUCAAUAAAAAAAAAAAAUUCCAACUUCUAUUAUUCAUUGUGACAGUAUUACUAAACAGGUAAGGAUGGGAAUAUUUUGUUAUACCGUGUAUAGUGAAUGUAUUGUAAUGUGUCUGUGAAAACUGUGCUUUAAAUUAUAUUUUCAUAUGUUUUGUUGGGGACAGAGCACAUUAAGUAUGAAAGCAACAGAGGUUUUAGAACUGAAGGCAACUUAAUCAAAAUUCUUGUCAAAAAAAGCUGCUUAAUAAAUGUAAAUGAAAUCACAUUUAAAAUAAACUGCCUCUGACCCAAAAUAAA